UGCAAUCAGAGCCAUUUUGGGCUACUUGUGAAAAAAAAAAAAGGACUAAGUGCAGGGGCAGUAGCAAAAGAAAUUAAUGAUGUGAAAGAUCCCGGAACUGUCAAGGAACCUGUGGUAUUAACUGGUUCAGACGUUUCAAGGAAAGUGACACCAGCCUCGAAGACAAAUCAAGGUCAGGGAAACUUUCUGUAGUGGAACAUGAGGCCUUGCUUGAAAUGGCUGAACAACAGCCAAACACAAGCACCAGCAGAACUUGACCCUUAAUAAAGCACUUUGCAAGCAAGGCAAACACUCGAGACGCCCGUAUUUGGUGUCGAAUUGCAACUGGAAAUGGAAAUGAAUUUUCAUGCUCCUAAUGAAAGAAAUCAAUAGAUUCGUUCCGGUCAGGAUUCAGAACCUGUAGGGCGGAUUGAAGCGAAGGUCAUGUUGUGCGUUUGGUGGAAUUUCGAGGGGGUGUUGCACUUUGAGCUUGUCUUUGAUGGUCAUGCUAUAUACGCUAUGAACUCAAAAAUGCUGUGAACUCAACAACAGCAGCGAAUAUAUGGUGUUUUAAAAGCUGCUACUCUGCAUUGGUCAAUCAAAGACGCUCAUUCAUACAGCAUUGCAAUGCCCAUCACACACAGCCAAUGUGACCUUGAAUAACUUGGAACUGGAAGCGCUGCAUCAUUUACCUACAGUCCAGACUUUGUACCAUCAGAAUACCACCUUUUCUGCGCCAUGGCUCAUAUCCUGCAUGGAUGAAGGUUCAAUAUUAUGGAAGAGAUUAAAAACGGGUGCAGGGAGUUUUUUGCCGCUAAACCAGCCAAAUGAUCUAUUCAUGGGAAUGAUCUUCAGACACAACAAUGGAAACAGACAAUAGUAUAUGAUGGGAUAUAUGUUGAUGAACAAAUACUUUCCAUAUGUAACUUGCUUGAAUUAUUAAUUAAAUCUUGAAGUACGAAAAGCCUUUUGACUCAACCAGAAAAUACAAACAUCUAUGCUAGCCAAACGCUGUCUUCAAACUUUCAGAAAAUAUUUCGUAAAAGUUAGUGGGGAAAAAUGAAGAAGAUGGACAAAAACAAUAACAGUAACGACUGUGUUAGUAUUUUAGAAGAACUAAACGCCGAAUUUGUGGACUUGUAUCUCCCUGUGAUGAUAUAUCUCUUAUUUUCUCUGAUACUUGGAUUAUUAGGAAACAGCUUUUUAACAUAUAUACACUUUUGUAAAUUUGAUGAGACAGCCACAAAAGUGUUCAUUAUAGGACUUUUUGUGUGCGAUUUUCUAACUUGCUUAAUAUGUAUACCGAUGGAAUUUUUCAUUCUAUGUUUCUCUUUCACUUUUCACAGUAGUUUUGCAUGCCGCUUAAUACGGUUUUUCGUUGCCAUAGCAAUGUUUAAUUCAUCUAUAAUUUUAUUUUUAUUAGGAAUCGAAAGAUACAUUGUCAUGUGUCGACCCUUUAAAUAUAACAAUAUUUCUGUUGUGACUUCAAAAAAAAUUCUAGCUUCUUCAACAAUCUCUUCCGCUAUACUUAAUAUACCAGUACUUGAAGUGUACAAUACACAGAAUAGACUGGUUAGACAAUGUGGAAAUAUUGGAAAAGUAUGUUCAUUUCCUGACAGUUUAGACGACACAGUAUUUCCUUUUGUCUAUUAUUGUGUAGUGUUGUGCGGUUACCUUUAUUUGCUUAUUUUUCUCAUGAUAUUCUACUUAUUAAUUGAACUUCGUAUUAAGAAAAUUCAGCGUUCAAUGAGAAGUAAUCGCCAGCGUUCAAGCGUAUCUUUCGGAACUCCAUCGAAGAUUCCAUCUUUUAACGAUAAAAACGAAGGCAAUGUUUCAGAAACAAAACUUUACCCUGUUUCGAUUCUUAAGAAACACUCAGUACAGUUAUCUAAGAUCAAUGUAAGCUUGUUACCGACCACAUUGCUCUGGGCUAUAUGUUAUUUAUUACAUUUCAUUGCAAUAUUUUGGAGGAUGUUUGAACAUAAUUUCAAUGACACCGAAAGUGAUAGAAAACAAAUUCUUUACAAACUUUUAAUCUAUUCUUUUUACCUCAAAUGCGCAGUAAACCCAUAUCUUUAUGGAACUUUCAAUCGACAAUUUUAUAGUGAAUUACAGCGCUUAUUUCAAAAAGCAUUCCAAUUAUAUAAGUAAUAAAAUAUCUAAAAUGUCGAAAAAAGUCAUCAAUUUAUGCAACUAUUUUCCGCAAGUCCAUCAUACUACUCUAAAUUCAAAUUAUUUUUCCUAGUUUAAAAUAUUUGAAUAUCAGAAAAGUUUUCAUUUAAGCGUCUAGUAUUCCUC